UGGAAGGGAUGCUCAAGGAAGGAGGUUCUGGGGCCUGGGAGGGGCCUUACCUCCUUGCUCUGCUUGGGACAGUGUCCUAGCUGGAGACCAGUAGGGCAGAGUGGAGAGUGGAAUUGUUAGGAGUCAAAUCUAGUAUUAAUACCCUUCCCCUGUAGGCAGCUAAGAAGGAAGAGAAAGUUUUAGUAUUCUUUGUUACCAGGCAGAGUCUCUGUGUGUUUCCCAGUUGACUAGGAAAGCAGAACAUGGAGGUAUAUGGGAUUGGUUGGGAAGGGUAGCCUAGAGAGGCUCUGGACACUUCCUCUUUCCCUCUGUGAUUCUCCUCAGCUCAAGACACAGAUGUGGCAGCUCCUCAAGGGCCAUGACCACCUACAGGAUGAGUUUUCUAUCUUCUUCGACCACUUGCGCCCAGCAGCUAGCCGGAUGGGUGACUUUGAAGAGAUCAAUUGGACUGAGGAGAAAGAGUAUGAGUUUGAUGGCUUUGAAGAAGUGGCCCUGCCUGAUGUGGAAGAAGAGGAGGAGCCUCCCAAGAUACCCACAGCCUCAAAGAACAAGAGAAAAAAAGAGAUUGGGGUCCAAAAUCAUGAUAAGGAGACUGAGUGGCCAGAUGGGGCCAAGGACUGUGCCUGCUCCUGCCACGAAGGAGGUCCAGAUUCCAAGUUGAAGAAGAGCAAAAGACGGAGCUGUAGCCACUGUAGCAGCAAGGUCUGUGACAGCAAAUCCUACAAGAGCAAGGAGCCCCAUGAGUUGGUGGGCAGCAGCCCCCACCGAGAGGCUAGUCCUAUGCCUGGAACUAAGGAAGCUGGGCAGGGCAAGGAUGUGAUGGAAGAGGAAGCCCCAGAGGAGCGGGAGAGCACUGAGGCCACCCAGAGCAAGACUGUUAGGACCACCAGAAAGGGAGAGAUGCCUGUUUCAGCAGGAUUGCCAGUGGGGGGCACGUUGCCGUCCCCUCGAGAAGUGACUCUUACAGAACGGCUCCUCCUGGAUGGCCCACCACCUCAUUCACCAGAGACUCCUCAAUUUCCCCCCAAAACUGGAGCUGUACUGUACACUGUUAAGAGAAACCAGGUUGGGCCUGAGGUUCUCUCCUGCCCCAAGGCAUCCCCCAGACUUCAGAAAGAGAGGGAGGGCCAAAAGGCAGUGGGUGAGUCAGAGGCUUUGAUGCUGGUCUGGGAUGCAUCAGAAACUGAGAAAUUGCCUGGUACCGUGGAACCCCAUGCUUCCUUCCUGAGUCCUGUUUCCUCAAAGACCAGAGAUGCAGGGAGAAGACAUGUGUCCGGGAAACCAGACACUCAAGAGAGAUGGCUGCCCUCAAGCAGAGGUAGGGUGAAGACAAGAGACAGGACAUCCCCUGUCCAUGAAUCUCCAUCAGGAAUUGACACGUCAGAGACUUCUCCCAAAGCCCCUAGAGGGGGUUUGUCUAAAGACAGUGGAACACAGGGCAAGGGUCCAGAGGGGGAGCAGCAGCCAAAGGCCACAGAAGCUACAGUGUGUGCCAACAACAGCAAGGUCAGCUCCACUGGGGAAAAGGUUGUCCUGUGGACAAGGGAAGCUGACCGUGUGAUCCUCACCAUGUGCCAGGAGCAAGGGGCACAGCCACAGACCUUCAGCAUCAUCUCCCAGCAGCUGGGAAAUAAGACGCCUGCUGAGGUCUCUCACCGUUUUCGAGAACUCAUGCAGCUCUUCCACACUGCCUGUGAAGCCAGCUCUGAGGAUGAGGAUGAUGCUACCAGUACCAGCAACGCAGACCAGCUGUCUGACCGUGGGGACCUUCUGUCUGAAGAGGAGCUGGAUGAAUGAGACUCUGGGAAUACUUGGGUAUCAUCUACGCAGGACCAAACCCAACAGGUGCCCUGUCAUUAGGCAGGAGGGUAGUUGUACUCUGCUUGUACAGUCCUUGUGCCCAGUUUACAGACCAGGAGAGGAGCCCAGGACGAGGACAAAGGCUGAAGGAUGGAGUAGGACCCUGGGGCUCUGCCAUCCUAGGCACCAUUCAAGGUCUUUUAUGAAGACCUUACAGAUCUCCUCUGUAAAUAGCAUCGAGUGAGUGGAGUUCAGCUCCUUUCUCUACUUUUUUUGGUCUGAUGGCACAUAUUUAUUGUUCUGUGGUCUAAUCACAGUGUUUCUAAAUGUAAAAAGUGCAUAUGUUGGUGUAGCUAGUCCUGCGACAUUGAGCUCCUCUGCACGAAGACACUGGGCUCCUGCAUCCAGCUGUUUUUAUUGCAAACUAGCUCCUCUCUCCCACACUGGGAACUUUAGUCCACGAGGCUGUCACCACCCUGGUAGCACUGGGCCAGGCUUUGUAGCUCCUGCAGGAGCUCUGCUACGUCAUCGUGCUCCACUCCAGCAUCCAUGAAGCUGGCCCAGCGCCGCAAGUCGAGUUUGGUGAGGUCUCUGGCCAAGGCCUCCAGGGUCUGGUGCAGGGACGAAGAGGAACACAGUGCCCCAAACACUGGGAUGCUCUCCACUGCUGUGGAGGGAGAGGAAAGACAGACCUGUAGAUGGAUGAUGAUUCUGCCCUGGGACUCUGUCAAACUGAUAAGGAAGUCCAACCUUAGUAGACUUGAUUGUAAACUCAACACAUUUGGUGUACUGUCCCCUUAGUACACCAGUACUCCAGAGGAAGAAUGCUUUUCUUGGGAGCCAUAGGGUGAAUAAAACAAUGUUUAACUGUG